AUCGAAUAACUUGGUCUUACCAACAAAGAUAAUCUCAUCCUUAAUUACCAUGUAUUAAAAUGUUAAACAUGUCAAUGUGCUAGGAAUUAGGAUAGGCACCAGGCUGCUUACUAAACCCGAUCCUAACGCUCAAAGACCAAUUUUUUUCCCUCUCUGGUUGAUCGAUUGAUCGCCAUUCACCAUAACCAGAUCCCAUUUCCCAAUCUAAACUUUCCCAAAGAAAAAAAUAAUCAGAUAAAUAGAAAUGAAUGAUGAAGGGAGAAACAGAGGUUCAAGUGGAGAUCAGCAGCAGCAAAACCAAUAUGGAACAUUCCAAGGAGUCGCUAACUACCCUCCUCCACGUCCUCCACGGCCGCACCAGCCGCAGCAGCAACGUGGGUCAAUGGGGUUGCCUCAGCCUUCUCCACCUCCCUCUUUCUCUACUCCUCAAUAUCAGCACCAAGGCUAUCAGACCGCGCCGGGGUAUACUGUUGCUGAUGGAAGACCUGUAAGAGAUGAGCUACCGUGCUGUGGCCUUGGCGUCGGAUGGUUCUUGUUUGUCAUUGGUUUCUUCCUUGGGGCCGUUCCCUGGUAUGCCGGAGUCGUUAUUUUAGCCUUUUCAAGGAUAGACUACCGAGAGAAACCCGGAUAUAUCGCUUGCUCAAUCGGCGCCUUUCUUGCGACAAUUGCACUCCUUGUUGGUCUAAUAACGGAAGCUGAAUGAUGGUAAAGC